CCACUGGAUAAAGAUGUCAAAGAGUCGUCAAAUCCAGUAAAAGAUGACGGGCAGAUCCUGCUGUGGACGAAAGUGGACAUGCAGAAUGCCUCAGAACUGCUUCAGGUGGCUUAUCAGUCAGAACUGAAUGCCAUUAUUAGUCGCACGACUCUGCCACAAAAUGAUCCCUACUUUGAUGAACUCACCGCAUUUAUGCGACCGCCAAAAAGCGUGGACAUAUUUACCCUGAAAGAAGGCAUAGAACUACUCGACUGUCUCACGGAGAACUUCCUGUUACUUUGGAAGUUUUACAAGUACGUUUGGACCACAGACCUACGCGUUGUUCCCGUUUUUACGCACGAAACUGAGGGUAAGAUCAAGGAACAGUUUUUGGAGAUUUAA